CAACCACCCCAAACCACACCUCUCUCUCUAACCUUCAUUCAUUUACUCCAAAACACCAUGCAACAAGCAAUUCCUUGUAGGUCAUGGCAACCUCUCAUCACACACACACCCAACACUCACUUCACAAUUAGGCCACACUCAUUAACUACCCACACCCAAACCGCUAUUAUUUCUCACCCCUCUUCGUUUUCUCCCAAAGGAAUGGUGCUCAACAUGGUGUUAGAAAACGCUGUCAUAGUCUUUGCGAGACGUGGUUGUUGCAUGAGCCAUGUUGUGAAGCGAUUGCUUUUGGGUCUUGGUGUUAACCCUGCCGUACACGAAGUGGAGGAGAAUGAUGAAGUGGAUGUUGUUAGAGAAUUGGAAGCAAUUGUGGGUGUUAAUGGCAAUGAUGGGAAAGUGCAAUUUCCAGCGGUUUUUAUUGGUGGCAAAUUGUUUGGAGGAUUGGAUCGUCUUAUGGCUACUCAUAUUUCAGGGGAAUUGGUUCCCAUACUUAAAGAAGCACGGGCUCUAUGGCUGUGACUCUUUCAUCAUUUGCUAUUCUUUUUGUUAUAUUCUAUAAAUUGUUCUUUUUCCUUCUUGAUUUUCUCUUAUUUUAUUACAUGUUUCUUCCGGAUAUAGUGAUUUCCUCCUUGGGAGGCUGUAGAGAAGGGAGAAAUGUAAUAAAAAAUAUAUAUAUAUUUUAUGUAUUUCGAAAUGAAUGGAGAAAUUUGAUGAUAUGGGAACAAGUUUUUCUAUUG